AUGGGGACACUGGGCACCCCCGGGGCUGGAGGGGGACAAGGACGCCCCCGGGGCGGGGACACCGGGCACCUCCUGGGGCUGGGGGCACGGACACCCCCGGGGUGGGGAUACUGGGACCCGCCGGGGCUGGGGACACUGGGAACCCCCCCGGGAUUGGGGACGGGGACACCGGGAACCCCCGGGGCUUGCGGGGGGAGGACAGGGCCACCCCUGGCGUGGGGACACCAGGAACCCCCCGGGGCUGGGAGAGGGAACAGGGCCACCCCCCGGGACAGGGCCACCGGGGCUGGGGGACAGGGCCACCCCCCGGGGCUGGGGCCACCGGGCACCUCCCGGGGCUGGGAGGGGGGACAGAGCCACCCCCCGGGGCUGGGGACACCGGGACCCCCCGGGACUGGGGGGGGACUGGACACACCGGGCACCCCCCAGGCCUUGCGUUCCAGUGCGAUACUGGGCCAGGCUGGACCCGGUGCUGGUCCCAGUCCCCGGGCUAUACUGGGCUAG